AUGCCACCUUGGAGCGGCGAAGUUCCCCCGGGAUAUAUUGACCCCAGCCUACUCUUCCUCGGUGCCGACGGUCAGGUAUACCUCCGCACCCAAGAAGGACCGCACCCCUCUGAGGCAGACCACAGUUCAUCUCACGAAAGCGUCUCUUCAUCUAACACCGACAACAACAGUAGCAACGAACACCGCACUCACCGCGUGAACCAACUCCACGACGCAGCGCAGGCUUUCGAUUGGAACAUGGACGCUGUCUUUGCAUAUGACGCCCAAAUUCGCGCCGAGCAGGCCCUCCGCCAUCAACGGACUAUCGAGAUUGCUCGUCAGAUUUACGCAGCGCGAAUCGGACACAUCCCCCACCCUGAAGACUCGUACCACAAUACCCCAGCCGAGACCAGAGUCAUACCAUGGCCUGCAUCGGAGAGGUCUCUCACUGAUGUGAUCGAGCUUCUACAAUUUGAGAAAAGUAUCACCCGUGUGGGUUGUCAGAGGUGGGAGGUGAUUAGAGCGUGGCUUGGAUGGGCGGUGGCUUCGAAAGAGAAGAGGCAUACGAUUCAGCUGGACCAAAUAAGGAAUGUGUAUCGCUUCAUGGAUCAAGGGAUGGAUGAGAAUGAUCGAGCAGAUCAAAUAGAUACCGAUGGUAUUGAAGAUUUCAAAAUGGAGGUCGACGGAUCUGAAGUUGAGGAAAGCUAUCCCACUGAGACGGACGGCGUUAUUAUCGGACAGCCAGACCUUGGCAGAUAG